AUGAGCUCACCAAAUUCAUUCUACUGGCACCUAGAGGGCUGCUAUAUUGAACAAGAUGUACUUCAGUCUGUUUGGCUCAGCACUGGUGAACUCGUUACCGCUGAUUUCCAAAAAAUCCCAAUAUCCUGGGCCCCUGGUGAGUUUAGCUUUUUUGUGACCCAGCACUAUUACGGGCAUCAGUACUGGAACUCCAGAGUAAUCGCUCAGACUAUCUACCAGCAUAAACUCCUCCUGAACCUCGAGAACAACAUGAAGUGGAGAGCUUUUGUGGAAAAUAGAAAAGCCAGUAGGUUGUCCAAUGGCAUCAGCAUUCUCGAGACUUCGGAUUACCAAAAGGAUGUUCUGGAUGGUCAAGAAAGCAGUCAAAAGCUGCUGCCCACCACCGACGAAACCAGUCCAGACGGUUCUCCAAAACAGAAGCUGCUCCAGCAAGUCAGUUUUUAUCCAUCUUUGCAUGACGAAGCUGUGGACAAAAAGCAGAAUAAGGAGAAAAUGAAGAGAAGAGGUUUCAGAAAUGCACCAAGGCGUUCUCUUCGUUUGAAGAACAAGGCCAAGGCAGCCAAGUUGGCCGCUCAAUUGUUUAGAUAA